UUUGUACCUAGGCUAAGAUAGAAAAAAGGACCCAUAAGGAGAAAAGUCGCUACUUGAAACGGCGGGUUAUAGCUUCCAUGAAACGCAGCGUUUGGGAAAAUUUUCCCUGUACCGGAAAAGCCAUCUUCCCCGUGUGGGAGAAAAUCGAUUUUCAUAUUCGAAAUCCACACAGAAGGAAGAGAAGGAGAACUCUGUCGCUCACACAACCUGGAGAAACUACGAAACACCUUUAAACUCAAUCAAUGGCGUAUGAAAUCCCUCACGAUCUGAUCAAACAACUUCAGAUCUCUCUUCGAAAUGGUGCCAAAAUCUCCUCCUACGACCCUCACGAUCCUUCACUUCCAAAUCUACCAUCGCUCCAUGAAACAAUUGCAGAGCUUGAUCCCUCGCCGCCUUAUCUUCGCUGCAAACACUGCAAUGGAAGAUUGCUUAGAGACUUGAAGUCGUUUAUGUGCGUUUUCUGCGGCAGGGAACAGAACACGGACGUCCCUCCGGACCCCAUCAAUUUCAAGAAUACCAUUGCUUGUCGUUGGCUUCUCGAAUCCUUGGACUUGGAUGGAUCGGAGAUGGUGGAACCAAUCAAUUUGAAGGAAUCUAACCGGGGAAAAUCACCUGAGCAAUUUCCCCUGACGGAUCUUUUAGAUUUAGAGAUUAGAUGGCCUGAAUCUGAAAAGAAGGGGAUCUCAGACGAGACUCCGGCUCCAAGCAAAAGUAACUUGAAUUUGGCUGAAGUUGAUCUUGACUACUACUUCUCCGAGGAAAAGAAAGACACUACCUCAAAAGCAUCUAAUGAGCCACCACCACUGAAUAAACAAACUGUUGAGGAUAAUGUUGAUCUUAGUUUGUUUGAUAAUGUUCCAUCGUCCGAGACGGCUACAAGGACCACUAAACAUGAGAGUGGUGAUUCCUUUUCUGGUUGGGAGGCAAGCUUUCAGAUUGCUAGUUCUGCAACUCUUCAUGAUAAUUCCAAAUCAGUUGAUCCUUUUGCUGUUUCUGUGGUCAAUAUAUCUUCCUCUUUGGAAACAACGUUUGGGGACCAAAACAAGUCCAGAAGUGGAGAAACAAAAGAUACUAAAAAUCCUUCUUCAUCAGUGACCAAUGACUGGUUUCAACAACAAGAUUUAUGGAGUAGUUCUAAUCAUGAAACAAUUCGCAUGCCAGAUCAGGUUGAGCAAACUGGAAUUGUAAUUGAUGGUAGAGCUGCAGAAACUGCUAAUUAUUCUUCAUCAGCAAGCGUUGAUUGGUUUCAAGUUGAUCAGCGGCAAGGAGGGAGCCAAAAGAAACCUGAUGAUAAAAGUGAUUUUAAAGAUCAUUCAGCUGAUGCUUGGGAUGAUUUUACCAGCUCAACUGGUGUGCUAGGCCCCUCUGAUAAUUCUAGGAAAGAUAUUGUGAAUGACGUUGUGUCAAAGGUUGAUGAGAUAUCAGAAGUAGAUUUCUUCAGCACAACCAAUAGUGAUUUUAGAAACUCUUCUCAGCCAAAUUCAUUUGCAGAAGCAUUUCCCAAUCCAAAUGGUACAUCCAUAGGAAAAGCAACCUGGUCGGAUGCUUCUGAUUUAAGCAGGAUGAGUGAAGAGAGCGGAGAAACUGGAGAAAAUUCCAAAGCUCUGGAGCAUCAGUCUGCAUCAGGUCCUAGUUCAAGUACAGAUGAUGUACAGAUGAUGAUGGAGAAGAUGCACGAUCUAUCUUUUAUGCUCGAAAGCAAUCUUUCAAUCCCCCCAAAGUGAGGCAUCUUUAGUUCUUCUGAAGAAGCACUGUGCCACUGAGCUUUUCUUGCAUUUUUCUUUCCCUCUUUCUUUUAAAUCUGUGGCAGCUUAGUGUUAGUUUAGUUAUUACGGAAUGCAUUCUUUGAUUUUAUAAAAUAGCCAUAUGCCGUUGAAAUCCA